AUGGAUGGGGAGGAUAAUUUUGUGGCUCUGGUCCAUUGCUCUGGAAAAAUUCAAAAGAGCAAACGCCACGGUGUGAAAUUCACAGAUAGAGAACCAGUUAGUAUUUUUAUUCGAUCUUCAAGUACAUUGGCAGAGAUUAAGCUCAACAUACUACAGAAGCUCGGUACCUGUGGUACGAAGCAGGUUAAAAAGUUGUUUUACAAGAUUUUCAUUACUGUUGUGUCAACCGGCGUGCGGUUUGAGACCUUUGUGAUUGGGUCGGAUGUAGACCUGCAGGUCUUGUUUCACUGCAGGCGUAGUUUUCCGGAGGUGAGGAUACCUGAGAUGUUUGCGAAGUUGGAAGAUCGUGUGGAUAGCUCUGGGGCAUCAGCACCGGCGGUAGUUCUACCUCCCGAGGCAGAACGUGCUGAGGUUGAGUUUGAGGUUGGACCGGAUCGAGUUGAGAAUACGCUUUGUGAUGAUGAUUCCGAUGAGGAGCCGCUCGAUAUUGGUGGGGACAGUGAAGAUGAUAUACCAAUAGGUGCAGCCCAUGGAGGUUCUGGUUCUGCAACACAAGAGUACCCUCCGCACCUGUCGUCUUUGAACUUGGAAGCCAUCGGUCGACACCAGAAUGUUGAGGCAACAUUCGAUGGACAAGGUAUGCAUGAUGGGACAGGUUUGACUGAAUUUCAGAUUGGCCAAUCGUUCCAGAGUAAGGAGGAAGCUGUGCUGAGCGUGAAAGAUUACAGCAUUCGGCGUGGAGUUGAGUACAGGGUUAUGGAGUCAGACAGUCUAAAAUACCAAGGGAGAUGCAAGGAGUUCGGUAACGGAUGCACGUGGUUGAUCCGGAUAGUCAUGCGAAAAAGGAAGAGCACAUGGGAAGUUAGGAGGUACAAUGGACCACACACGUGUAUGGCUCAGCGGUUUAUAUAG